CUGAAAGGGAAACAUCAGUGGAGAUAAGGCUGUCCGAAUACGCCGCAAACACCGGGCAACGGAAUUCUGCCUCCCGCAACGUCAUUAAAAGCCAUGGGAUUCCGACAGAUUACAUAUCUACAAAGGAACGGGCGUUUGCCUCCUUGAAAUGAGUUUUUAACGAGUGAUUAACUGCUUUGCAUCUAUCCCAUCCAAUCUUGAUAUAAGCCUAUUUCCAUACCAACUCGCUGCGUCUUGUUGUUUUCUGCCCCACGUACCGAUACGUUGCCUACCGACCUACUGCAAUCUAUCUACGCACAUUAAAACCACGAUACAAUGGAAACGGUGUUGGCCUCUAGCGGCGGUACUGCCCGCGCCGAUCACCUCUGUGUGCUGGUUCAUGGGCUCUGGGGCAACCCGGCACACAUGGCACAGGUUGCCAAAGCCCUCAGAGAUCGAUACUCGCGCGACCAGCUCUACAUAAUUGUCGCGAAACGCAAUAGCGGCUCAUUUACGUACGAUGGCAUCGAACUCGGAGGCCAGCGAGUAUGCCGAGAGAUUGAAGAGGAGUUGGAGAAGAUCAAGAAGACCGGGGGCAAGAUCACCAAGAUCAGCUUCAUUGGCUACUCCAUGGGUGGUCUUGUUGCGCGGUAUGCCAUCGGCUUGCUGGAGGCAAAGGGUGUUCUCGAGAAGCUGCAAUGCAUAAACUUUACUGCAUUUGCUAGUCCCUUCCUAGGAUGUCGCACGCCACUCAAAGGCUGGAACAACCACCUGUUCAACGUGCUGGGCGCGAGAACCCUCUCACUUUCAGGAAGGCAGUUGUUCGGCAUCGACAAGUUCCGAGACACCGGGCGGCCCUUGAUAGCUGUCAUGACGGACCAAGAAUCCAUAUUUAUGUCUGGUCUCCGCAGAUUCAAGCGCCACACGCUGUACAGCAACAUCGUCAACGAUCGAGCCGCAGUCUACUACACAACCAGCAUAUCCAAGACAGAUCCAUUUGUCGACCUAGACAAGGUUAAGCUGAACUUUGUCGAGGGUUACGAAAAUGUCAUCCUGGACCCGGACUGUCCAGUAAGGCCGAAGGAACGGGUGGCGCCGACGGCGUUCAAGGCGCUCAAGAAUGCGCCCUUCUUCCUCGCGAUGGCCGUCCUGCUGCCCAUCGGCAUCACCGCCUUCCUCCUCAACGCGGGAGUGCAGACCGCCCGCUCCUCGAAGCGUCUCCGCGCCCACCGGCAAUCCCACGACAGUAAAAACUACAGCAAGCUACCGCUGUGGGUCAAGGAGGUUCGGGGCGCGCUCGAGGACGCCUACGAGAACCUCAACAGCUCGCAGAGGCAAGAGUUCCUGGCCAGCGAGACGCCGUCGGAGGACGAGGGUGCUGGGGGUGCGGCAGACGACAGGGCCAGCACCAUGGGCGUCGAGAAGGCCGAGGACGACUCGAGGCUCGCGCUGGAGCGAAAGCAGAGUCACGCGGCAAUGCCAACCCUGGCCCUGGCGCCGUACCAGUUUUCCAUGAUUGAUUCUCUGGACUCGUUGGGGUGGCGCAAGUACCGCGUUUGGAUCCAGAAGAAUAACCACAGUCAUGCCGCUAUCAUCGUCAGGAUUGUCAGGGACAGCUAUUCCGAGGGGUACCAGGUUCUCAAGCACUGGCUGGAUAAUGAGUUUAUCAUUUGACUAGAUUCCUGAGCCGACGACAACUGUAUGCUCCUGGCCUAGUGGCUGAGCUUGUUACUCUUGUAUCCCUUUUUACUUUGUCUCUAUUGGUCGAAUUUUCUCAUGGUUAUUUUCUGCGUGUCCGAGCCUGCUUGUUGCUCUGGGUAGAUUUGUGAGCGAGGCGCUAAGUUGGCUUUAAAAUAUAUCGGCUAGGUUUCCCUGACCUUACCAAAUUCUAAUAUUUCAAGAAUUUGUUUCUACCAACCCAUUGAGUUUGUUGUCAUAGCCCGCGGUUUGCCUACCUCAUCUGUACAACUUCAUACGGAAUCAUAAGGACUAGACUAGACUAGUUCUAGUACCUAUAGGUCAAGCCCUCGCCUCCGUGGGGGCUACUUUGUUGAAAGUCAUUGGUCAGCCGCAGCUACUAAUCGUAUCAGUGCCAG